GCUGGGAGGCCCGAGCCGUCCCAGGGUGCCCCGCGCGGCGUGGACUCGGGCCGCUGCCGCCAUCCCGCUGGCGAGAGGGAGAGAGAGGCCCGCCCGCUCGCCGGUCGGGCCAGUGUGGGCCAGUGCGUGAGGGCGCGGGGGGCCGUGUCAGCGAGACGCAGAGCGCAGCCGCCACCACCAAACGGACAUGUUGGAGCCCAGCGCCGCCGCCGCCUCCUUUUCCUUAUCCUCCGAACGGGACUGAGAGGGGGCCCGCCACCCUCCGCCUCUGCCGCCCGCCCCGCCGCCUCGGCCGCAGCCUCUUCCUGCCCGGCCUCUGGCUCCGCCGCUCGUCGCCCCCCCACCCCCCCCGCCCCUCAGGCCCGGCCGGUUCCCCGGCCCCGCUCCGCCGCGGCGCGAGGUCUAUGUGACCGGCGGGCCCGGAGCACCCGCCGCCGCAGCGCGAACAUGGACGCCGUCAACGCCUUCAACCAGGAGCUCUUUUCACUUAUGGAUAUGAAACCUCCCAUCUCUCGAGCCAAGAUGAUUCUUAUCACUAAAGCUGCUAUUAAAGCUAUUAAGCUUUAUAAGCAUGUAGUUCAAAUAGUAGAAAAGUUCAUCAAAAAGUGUAAACCAGAGUACAAGGUUCCAGGAUUAUAUGUAAUUGACUCCAUUGUGCGACAGUCUCGUCAUCAGUUUGGAACUGAUAAAGAUGUUUUUGGGCCAAGAUUCUCUAAAAACAUAACUGCCACAUUCCAAUAUUUAUAUCUUUGUCCAUCUGAAGAUAAGAGUAAAAUAGUUCGCGUGCUGAACCUUUGGCAAAAAAAUGGAGUAUUCAAAAUUGAAAUUAUUCAGCCUCUUUUGGACAUGGCAGCAGGGACUAGUAAUGCCGCUCCAGUACCAGAAAAUGUUACUAAUAAUGAAGGCUCACCUCCACCUCCAGUUAAAGUUUCUUCUGAACCCCCCCAAGCCACUACAAACUCUGUACCGUCUGUACCGCAGUUGCCUAGCUCUGAUGCUUUUGCUGCUGUGGCCCAACUGUUUCAGACAACUCAAGGUCAACAGCUUCAGCAGAUCCUUCAGACUUUUCAGCAACCUCCAAAACCACAGUCUCCCGCCAUUGACAAUGCUGUGAUGGCGCAGGUCCAGGCUAUCACGGCUCAGUUAAAGACGGCUCCUGCACAGCCACCUGAACAAAAAGCUGCUUUCCCCCCGCCUGAGCAAAAAACUGCAUUUGACAAGAAGCUUCUUGAUAGAUUUGAUUAUGAUGAUGAGCCAGAAGCUGUGGAAGAAUCAAAGAAAGAAGAUGCUGCUGCCGCCGCCGCCACAGCACCUGCUGUGGCUGUUGCACCAGCACCUGCUGCUGCCACACCGGCUGCCACGCCUGCCGCUUCCCCUCCUCAGGCACCCUUUGGGUUUCCUGGAGAUGGCAUGCAGCAGCCAGCAUAUACACAACAUCAAAACAUGGAUCAGUUUCAGCCUCGAAUGAUGACAAUACAGCAGGAUCCAGUGCACCAUCAGGUUCCACUUCCUCCUAAUGGACAGAUGCCAGGUUUUGGCCUUCUUCCUACACCUCCAUUUCCUCCCAUGGCUCAGUCUGUGAUUCCUCCAACUCCACCCGUGCAGCAGCCUUUCCAAGCUUCUUUUCAGGCUCAAAAUGAACCACUUACACAGAAGACACAUCAGGAAAUGGAAGUAGAACAACCUUGUAUCCAAGAGGUUAAGCGACACAUGUCUGAUAACAGAAAGUCAAGAUCUAGGUCAGCAUCCAGGUCACCAAAAAGAAGGCGAUCUCGAUCUGGCUCUAGAUCGCGAAGGUCCCGUCAUCGACGUUCUCGUUCUCGGUCCAGAGAUCGACGCCGACAUUCGCCUAGAUCUCGGUCCCAAGAAAGGCGAGAUCGAGAAAAAGAAAGAGAACGCCGACAAAAAGGCCUUCCUCAAAUCAAACCAGAAACUGCAAGUGUUUGUAGCACUACACUCUGGGUGGGACAGCUGGACAAACGGACUACUCAGCAAGAUGUUGCAAGUCUCUUAGAAGAGUUUGGUCCAAUUGAAUCAAUUAAUAUGAUACCUCCCAGAGGUUGUGCCUAUAUUGUUAUGGUUCAUAGGCAAGAUGCUUAUCGCGCCCUGCAGAAACUGAGCCGCGGAAACUAUAAAGUGAACCAGAAAUCCAUAAAGAUUGCCUGGGCUUUAAACAAAGGAAUAAAGGCAGAUUAUAAGCAGUAUUGGGAUGUAGAACUGGGUGUUACUUAUAUUCCAUGGGACAAAGUCAAGCCUGAAGAACUGGAGAGUUUUUGUGAAGGAGGAAUGUUGGACAGUGAUACACUUAAUCCAGAUUGGAAAGGAAUCCCCAAGAAGCAUGAAAAUGAAGUUGCUCAAAAUGGAGGGGCAGAAACCUCACAUACAGAACCAGUAUCACCUAUACCUAAACCUUUACCAGUGCCUGUCCCUCCUAUUCCUGUGCCCGCACCUAUAACAGUGCCACCUCCACAGGUCCCACCACAUCAGCCGGGCCCUCCUGUAGUUGGUGCUCUCCAGCCACCCACUUUCACGCCUCCCUUGGGCAUUCCUCCUCCGGGUUUUGGUCCUGGUGUUCCUCCUCCACCUCCUCCUCCACCAUUUUUGCGCCCAGGAUUUAAUCCGAUGCAUCUGCCACCAGGUUUUCUUCCUCCUGGACCCCCACCUCCUAUAACUCCACCAGUAUCCAUUCCUCCUCCUCACACUCCACCAAUAAGCAUCCCAAACUCUACUAUCGCUGGUAUAAAUGAAGACACUACAAAAGACUUAUCUAUUGGAAAUCCCAUUCCAACAGUGGUGUCUGGGGCUAGAGGAAACGCCGAGUCUGGUGACAGUGUGAAAAUGUAUGGCUCUGCUGUGCCACCUGCUGCACCCACGAAUCUGCCCAACCCUCCUGUAACGCAGCCUGUUUCACUUCUUGGUACUCAAGGAGUUGCACCUGGUCCUGUAAUUGGGCUCCAAGCACCAUCCACUGGUCUCCUUGGUGCCCGACCUGGCCUAAUCCCACUUCAGCGCCCUCCAGGAAUGCCUCCACCUCAUUUACAGCGAUUUCCUUUGAUGCCACCUCGUCCCAUGCCACCGCACAUGAUGCAUAGAGGUCCACCGCCAGGCCCCGGGGGCUUUGGAAUGCCUCCACCUCAUGGAAUGAAAGGCCCCUUUCCACCGCAUGGCCCCUUUGUUAGGCCUGGGGGAAUGCCAGGGCUUGGGGGCCCGGGGCCAGGCCCAGGGGGUCCCGAAGACAGAGACGGGAGGCAGCAACAGCCACCGCCACAGCAGCCGCCACAGCCACAGCCACAGCAGCCGCCACCAGCUCAGCAGCCGCCACCGGCUCAGCAGCAACCACAACCGUUUAGAAACGAUAACAGGCAGCAGUUCAAUUCAGGUAGAGACCAAGAGAGGUUUGGAAGAAGAUCUUUUGGAAAUAGGGUGGAAAAUGACCGGGAACGGUAUGGGAACCGUAAUGAUGAUAGAGAUAAUAGCAAUCGUGAAAGGAGAGAGUGGGGAAGAAGGAGCCCUGACCGGGACAGGCACAGAGACUUGGAAGAGAGAAAUAGACGCUCUAGUGGGCAUCGAGACAGAGAGAGAGAUUCUAGAGAUAGAGAGUCUCGUAGAGAGAAGGAAGAAAACCGAGGAAAGGAGAAGCCUGAGGUGACAGACAGGGCAGGUGGUAACAAAACCGUUGAACCUCCCAGUAGCCAAGUGGGAGACGUAGACACUGUUUCAGAACUUGAUAAGGGGGAGUCUGAGUCUGCAGUUGUAAAAUCUUCUGAAGAGUUACCUGCUGAGGCUACCUCAUCCGUUGAACCCGAAAAGGAUUCUGGCUCAGCAGCAGAGGCUCCUCGUUAGAGACUGGAAUUUGUCAAAAUGUGACAGUGACGCUUCUGGAGUGUAGAGCUUGAGGUGUACAGAUGCUGUAUUAUAUUUGCUCCUGCUAUAUCACAGCCCCGCAGUAGUUGGUGGGGAAUUGUAAGCAAUUUGAUUGCUUCCCUUCUAUUUAAAAAUAGCCACAAAAUAACAAAAAAUACUGAAAAUAUGAAUAAAUAUUACCCUUUUUGCUGUAACUUUUUAAAAGUUUUGACUUUAAAAAGUUUACAAAUCGUAAUUAGAAGUGCUCUCUAUUUUUUUUUUUUUUAAUUUAAGACAAGGUAACGGUGAAAGCUCCUCAAAACAAUAGGGAUGUUUUUAAUAAACUCUAUUUUCAUAACAAACUUUAAUGUGUGCUAUUCUUCCUACACUGCAUUAAGGUGGAAAAGGAUUGUUCACCAUCAAAGUUUGAGCUGUUAAUACUGUAUUGGAGUCUAAAUUAGACUUGUUUACUUGAUGGAAAUAGACAUCUUUAUGUAGUUACUCUCAAACACUUCAUUUGUAAUACUUUUUAUUUUUAGCAUUUCAAUCCUAAGGUGUAAAGGUUCAUGGUUUUAAUGUUAAUGGAAAAGCUUGUUAGUUUCGCAGUUCAAUCAAGGAUUUCUUUUUUGCCAUUGGCUUUGUGGUAAAUGUUGCCCUAAUUAAUUUGUAAAGAGAAAUUUUGCUGGGGGGAGGAAACUGGAUCCCAGAGUACCCGUUUGUACUAUAAAAUUAUCCGAUUGCCUGGGUAUUACUUAUUUAGAAGGUUGAAUGUUUUCUUACCAUCCCAUUAAAUUUUUCAAAAGGGUGAAAGAAAUCAAGGUUAGGUUUGCAACCUAAAAGCUUUUUGUCUUAUAUGUUUUAAGGACUUAAAAGCAACCUAUUGUUUCCUAUAAUAUAGGCUUUGCCUGUUGCCUUUCUUUACCAUUUUUUAAACUCCCCUGCUGGGCAGAGGUAGACUGAACUUUUUGUCACAUAUGAGAACAUAUAAAGUAUUUUCUCUUUUGCUUAAAAUUGUUGGGUUUACUAGGAAAAAUAGAUGUAGGUUAUCCAAGAACUAUUACAUGAAGUCAUCCAAAGCCAAAUCAAACCUGUGUCUGAAAUAGUUCAGAACAGCAGUUCCGUAAAACUGCUUUACUCAGUGCCAGGGAAAAGACCACACAAUCCAAGUAUUUAUGGCCUUGUUGAAGCUUUUUUUCCCCCAUAAAUUACAUUUUUAAACUGUCCUCGUUUCAUUCAGUGUGUUGAGCAGUAACUUUUUCUUUGCCCUCAUCCCCAGGCAAAGCUGCUUUAUUACUUUGGUUCUUAAAUAGUACUCUGCAGCAAGAUCUUUGUUUUGACAGGGAGAAUGUAUAUAGGACAAUGUUCUUGUGUUCCCGACUUUAGAAAAUGAGAAAAAAAUCCAGGUUCGUAUCUGCACUUAAAUGAUAAAACUUGUCCUUUGUUUGAUGUUGGCCCACGGAGAGGUUUUAAAAAGUCCUAACUGAAACUGCUUCUGGAAAGAAACAUACAUGUGAUCAUUUAGUGGUCAGAUUUCAGGGAUUUAAAAAACCCGUGUUUCCAAUUGUAAGUAUUGGGAUCAUCCAAUUUGCACAUGACAAGCCCCCCCCCCCCUCCCCAAAUACCAAGUGGUAGUGAUUACACUUGAGACUUGAAAGGUCAGAAGCAGGUCCCUAUAUUUGAGUCCUAUCCCACAUAUGUACUCCAAAUCGCACGUUAGUGAAAUCUGUUCAUAUUUCUAAAUGCUGACUGAUUUUAACCACUUAUUCUGAGCAUAUUCUUUAUCACCAAUUUUAAAACUCUGAAAGCACUACAAAUUGUCCUUUUCCAAAUUUGCUUUUCCCCUCCCAAGCGAUAUCCUACAUUUGAUUAAGUAUAUCAUAUAUUUAUGAUCAAUCAGAACUGUAGCUUCUUUCUGGUUUCUCUAUUAGAAAUAAUGUUCUGCAACUCUCAAUAAACGACUGUGCUCCAGAGUCAAAUCUGAAAUAGGUUAACAUUCAUUUAAAAGCAGUUUCUCAUAGGUACAUAGCAAGUACUUACGAUAGGAGAACUAGCCUUAAAUUUACUAAUUUGAUGCAUAAAUCCUUAGACAUAACCCACGUUUAAACAUUUCCUUGGUUCCAUCUUAAAAUGCUAUGGUAGAUUUCUUUAAAUGGCUAAUGUGAAAGCAGACUGGCACAGAUGGAGUAACUGUUCAUGUGUGUAUGGAGAGGAAUAUGUGCCACUGUGGCAGGUAGGUAAUUUAAUCUUACUGAGUCAAAAUGCUAAGGAGCUAAUCAGAGAAACCAUCUUAAUUUCCCUGAAGCUGACAAAAGAUAUUUGUCCAAGAUUGAAAUUGAGGUUAGUCUUAGCUAAAAGACCGGCUGCUAAAAAUUUAAACAUCAUUUAAAACACUUUGAAAAGUGACCUCUAUGAAACAUGUAAUACCUGUCAACCUACUACUAAAUCUGUUCUGUUCAAACUCUAUGUAGGGUAUCAAGAGCUAAUUUUGAGUUUCAAUCUGGAUACUUCACUAGGUUCAAAAUUCAGUGCCAUAUGGUAUAUUUGUUUAUUGCGGGCUUGAAUGAGAAUUGAAGAAAUUCAGACAAUGAAGUUUAAUACCCAUAUGAUUAUUAAGCCUGGCAAAAUACAGAGAUCAUUGAAACAGACAUUUUAACUGAAUAGGAGUUUUAUAAAAUUAUACAAAUCUUCCAAGUGAUCAUAAAUCAGUUCUCAUUACAGGUACUUAAAGCAAUUAAAAAGUCACACAAAUUACACUUUUAAAGUUACAGUGUUUAAUGUUUAUCAAGUUAAAUUUCUACAACUAGCAAGAUAACAUAGGAGUUACUAGGACUCAGAUCGCAUCCUAGGGAAUAUUUACUUGGCGAUCCCAAUGACACCACAAGCCAAACGACUCCCAGCGUUUCCCGUUUGCGUACUUUCUUCAUUUCCACCUUUGCCCAAGUCAUCUCGUUUCUCGUGGACCUUUAAAAAGUUUUAAGAACAUUAACAUACUUAGUGCUAGCAAGUAAUUACCACCUCUUCCCAACAAUACCCAAAAGACUUUUAAGAACCACUUAAUGUUAGAAAACACCAUGUUAAAAUAAUUCCUAGCAGGGAAAUACGCUAAUAUUUAAUCUAGUAGUAAAAAAUAGCAACAACUACUACUCAAAGCUUUCACUUGAUGAUUCAGAUGGAAGUUAACUGUCCAUGCUAGGUUUGAGCUGCUAUCGCUAAAACCCCAACAACUCUUCUAGGCCACCACGUGCCAAUGUUAACCCUCCGUGAGAAAUGUUCAUGGCCUCAAUUACACGUAUUCUCUUACAAUAAACAUUGUUUUGGAGAGAAAAGAAAAGGAAAGUGAAUUUUAAAAACUCAAAAUUGUGCCUAAUGAACUAGAAGUCUAAAUGAUCUUAAAAAUAUCUCGGGACUAUUUAAAUAACAGCAUUUUCAAUUUGGCUCAUCUAACACUGAUCGAUGAUUUUUCUGCCUCACAACUACAGCUGAAGAAAAGUCAAGGGUCAGCUGUAAAGAAAGGACUACAGGCAACAGAGAGCCUAGACUACUUGGUGUUUGUGAGAACCAGAUGCAGCUCCCAGGCAGUCCCUUCCACGUGUUAGACAAGUGACCAUAACCUGCAGAUGCGAAUAAGGAAUACUGAGGCCUGUCUCAGAUUUUAGACCUAACAAAAUGUUCUGUUUAACUACGGGGGGCGGGGGGGACAUUCAAUCGUGGCAAGAAAAUACGGCCAUUUAAAAACCAGACAAAGACGACUUCUGCUUCCACAAUACGGAUCUAAUAUGAUCAAACGUAACCUACUUUACUACUGCAUCUUAGCAGAACAGUGUUCGUAACCAACCUAGAUCAUUAAUUCAUCAUCACUGUCAUCGAUAGGUUAACUGCUUUUCCUAAUCUGAACUAAAAGUACAAUGUAUGUGGAUCAGGAUCGAUAAUCAUGAAAUCGUGAGAAGAUACAGGACUGUUAGAAAAAACUGUACGCAUAUCCUAUUAUAUGAAAACUCACCACCAUCGUGCGGCCAAUGAUGGAAUGGUCUCCUGAGAGUGCAAUCAGAGAAUCUUCCAUAGACACGUUGGCCACACCGUCCUUGCCAGCAGUUACGUUGCCAAGGUCUCCAACAUGCCUAACAUUGAAAAAGCGUCAGGGAUUAGGACUGAUUUCCAUUUACCUUACCAUCAGGCUAGUUUGUGAGCUGAAUUAAAAACUGAGUCAGAUACAUAAGGAUGGACAAAGAGGUGGAUACAAUAUGUAUCAAAUAGGACCCACUUUUUCAGAAUGACAAAAUUUUGGAACAUACAAACCAGAAACAACUUGACAUUCUAGACCCAUUGCUCUUCAAAGCUUCAAAUCUACAAAGUAAUACUCUGGGAAGAAUCGUGGGAUGGGGGCACAUCUAGAAUUUCAGAGGUAAAGUACCAAAGGGUAAAUUCUGAGUUAUGCCUGUUACUUCUUGGCAUGGCUAAGAAAGCUAUGCCCCAGGCCUGUUAUAAAAAUAAAUUACUCCCAGUCCUUAAAUUUAGUAUUUUCCUGAAAGGCUCUCUCAGGAAACACACAUACAAAUGGACUCACUGAAUUUUCAGUAACAAUUUUAUCUACAAGGCUACCUAUGUUUCACAAUGAUGGUUUAUGUUGCUAGUGGUUGACAGUACUGUUAUUCAUGACAUUUCCUGUAUUAGUUCCCUUUGGCACUUGUAUUAGUUCUAUAUUCAAUAAAUGCUACAAAACCAAA